GCGGGUGGAGGUGGCCCUGGGGCUGCUGGAGCGCUUGGUGGCCACGUGUGACGAAGCCACCGCGUUCCCCCGGGAGCUGCAGCGCAGGGUUGGGGACAUUGAGACUGCCCUGAAGGGGACAAAUGAGGCAUCCACCAAUGUCCCUGAGGACUUGGUGGCCAAGGUGGCCACGGCCGAGUGGCUGUGGGAGGCCAAUGCCCGCCUGGUCAAGGAUCACCUGCUGGGGACACUUCCAGACAUCACCAAGUUCUAUAUCAACGGUGCUCCCACCAGCCCCAGUGCCUGUGAGGUGGCCGAGCGGUGCCAAAGAGCCAUUGAGGACAUCCCAAGACUCCUUCGACCCCCGGAGCACCUCAAAAGUGUCCCCAAGGUGUCUCCAGUGAGCAUGGAGGUCCAAGAGCUGUCUCUGGCCCUGCUGCAGCCACAGGUCACCGUGGUGGCCAUCCUGGGCGAGCUGCUGGCCACCCUGCCCUGUCAAGACGAGAUGAUGCUGCUGCUCAAGUCCCCAGGGUGCCUAUACUCGGUCCUGGCAAACUUCAUCGUGGAGCUCUGGAGCACCAUGAUAUACACUGAGGGCAUCUGGUGGCGCUGCGUUUUCAGCUCUCAUGGUGAUGAUGACGCUCUCACCUCCCUGAGCUGGACCCUGGCUGCUUGGGAAAGCACCCCAUGGACCACCUGGGACCAUGUGACAUGGACGGCCAGCAAGUGGCAAUGGUCGGUGGCCAAUCUCGUGGACAGCUGGGCCCAGCUGGCCAGGAAGGCCACCAAGAUCCGCAACACCUGGAGGGAGAUGGCCGCUGAGGCAGCUGACAUGGUGGCCACCUUCACCGUCCUGGCCAGUGAGCUGCAGGACAAAGCUGCCCGUUAUAGGACAGCUCAGGAAAACAUGGUGGAGCUGGGUCAGGCGCCGGCCAGGGAGGAGUGGGCCGAAGUGGUAGCUGGGCAUGAAGCCCAGGUGAGGAGAGAUGCCAGGGUGGCUGCCACCCAGGCAAGAAGGGCCACCAGGAGGAGACAGCGGGUGCAGGUGGCCCUGGGGCUGCUGGAGCGCUUGGUGGCCGCGUGUGACGAAGUCACCACACUCCUCCGGGAGUUGCAGCGCAGAGUUGGGGACAUUGAAGCCACCCUGAAGAGGACAAAUGAGGCAUCCACCAAUGUCCCUGAGGACUUGGUGGCCAAGGUGGCUGAGGCCGAGUGGCUGUGGGAGGCCAAUGCCCGCCUAGCCAAGGAUCACCUGGGAGAGACACUUGAGGACAUCAUUCGCUUCUAUUUCAAUGAUGAUUCCGCUGUGCCCAGUGCCUGUGGGGUGGCUGAGCGGUGCCAAAGAGCCAUCAAGGACAUCCCAAGGCUCCUUCGACCACUGGCGCAUCCCCAGAGCAUCCCCGCCGGGUCCCCAGUAAGCGUGGAGCUCCAAAAGCUGUCCCCAGCCCUGCUGCAGCCGCAGGUCACCGUGGUGGCCAUUCUGGGAGAGCUGGUGGCCACCCUGCCCAGGCGGGACGAGGAGAUGCUGGUGUUCAUGUCGCCAGGGUGCCCGUACUGGGACCUGGAGAACUUCACCAAUGAGCUCUGGGUCACUCUGUACUGCAUUGAUGACACCUGGCGGCACCACAAUGUCACCUCCAAUGAUGAUGGCCCUAUCACCUCCCUGAGCCAGGCUCUGGCCGCCUACAAGAGCACCCCAGGGACCACCUGGGACAAUGUGACAAUGGCAGCCAGCAGGUGGCUGUGGUCGGUGUCUGUGCUUGUGGACAGCUGGGCCAAGCUGGCCAGGAAGGCCACCAAGCUCCGGAACGUCUGCAGGGAUUUGGCCACCAAGGCGGCCGACAGGGCUGCCAGAGCCACUGCCUGGGCCAGGGAGCUGCAGGACGAGGCUGCCCAUGAUGGGACAGCUCAGGAAAACAUGGGGGAGUUGGGUCAGGCCCUGGAUGGGGAAGAGGAGGCCGAGGUGGCAUCUGGGUAUGAAGCCUGGAUGAGGGAAGAGGCCAUGGAGGCUGCCAGUGAGGCAACAACAGCCACCAUGCUGCAGCGCCUGCUCAGGGACAUCGAGGCCACCCUGAAGAGGACAAAUGAGGCGUCCCCCAAAGUCCCUGAGGACUUGGUGGCCAAGGAUGAAAUGAUUUUGCUCGUGGCCCCAGUGAGCCUGUAUUGGGACCUGGUGGACUUCAACAAGAACCUCCGGGCCACCCUCUACCACAUUGAUGACACCUGGUGGCACCGCAAUGUCACCUCCAAUGACGAUGACCCUCUCACCUCCCUGAGCCAGGUCCUGGCCGCCUAUAUGAGCACCCCAUGGACCACCCGGGACCAUGUGACAAUGGUGGCUGGCCAGUGGCUCCGGUCGGGAGAUGGCCACUGA